AUGGCGCGAGUGGGGCGGGACACAGCGUCCCGCGGCAGCCCCAGCUGGGGCAAAGGCGAGGGGGCCGGGGUGAGGACCACGGAACAGCUGAGCGAGGAGGCGGCCCCGAGGGCCACAGCGAGGUGUGCGGCCUCACGGGGGGAACAGCAGGUGCCCAGGCUUAGGCCCACUCUGCGGAUUAAGAGACUGAGGCUCAGGAGCCCCAUGUGGACACUCAGGUGCCGGUUAGAGGAGGCGUCCCAUGUACAGGGCACGGUGGCUAUUGGGGAAAAUGUCCAAGUGCCCCUGGUGGGCGUGGGUGGGCGGGAGGAAGCAGGAGGGUCAGUUUGUGCGCGUGUGGAGGGGGAUCAGGACCACGGCAUGGACCUGCUGGCCGGGAACUGCAGAGGACGUGCCCUCAGCCCACCCCCUGCUGACUAUGAGUCCCUGGAGAGCAGGACCAGGGUGGUGUCUGGGCUCCCCUCGCCCACACCAGGCAGCUCCCGUGGGAGGAGGGGCUCUGUCAGUUCAGUUGCUCGGUCAUCCGCGGCCCUGGUGUCUGUGGCUGAAUGGUGGUCAGAGCAGGGGUCUGCCGCCCGCCGCCUGCCCCUCCUCCAGGCAGGUUUGGCUCAGAAAAAGACGGCCCUGACAGAGGCCCCAUCAAUGACUGGACAGCCAGGUCCUGGCCAUGGGAAGAAGUUGGGCCAUCGAGGCGUGGACGCGUCUGGUGAAACCACCUACAAGAAGACCACCUCGUCCACCCUGAAGGGAGCCAUCCAGCUGGGCAUCGGCUAUACUGUGGGCAACCUCAGCUCCAAGCCCGAGCGGGACGUGCUCAUGCAGGACUUCUACGUUGUGGAGAGCAUCUUCUUUCCCAGUGAAGGCAGCAACCUCACCCCUGCCCACCACUUCCAGGACUUCCGCUUCAAGACCUAUGCACCUGUCGCUUUCCGCUACUUCCGGGAGCUCUUCGGGAUCCGCCCGGAUGACUACUUGUACUCGCUGUGCAAUGAGCCGCUGAUCGAGCUCUCAAAUCCGGGCGCCAGCGGCUCCCUCUUCUACGUCACCAGCGACGACGAGUUCAUCAUCAAGACUGUGAUGCACAAGGAGGCUGAGUUCCUGCAGAAGCUGCUCCCCGGGUACUACAUGAACCUGAACCAGAAUCCGCGGACGCUGCUGCCCAAGUUCUACGGGCUGUACUGCGUGCAGUCGGGGGGCAAGAACAUCCGUGUGGUGGUCAUGAACAACGUCCUGCCGCGCGUGGUCAAGAUGCACCUCAAGUUCGACCUCAAGGGCUCCACGUACAAGCGGCGGGCCAGCAAGAAGGAGAGGGAGAAGAGCAUCCCCACCUACAAGGACCUGGACUUCAUGCAGGACAUGCCCGAGGGGCUCCUGCUCGACGCCGACACCUUCAGCGCCCUGGUGAAGACCCUGCAGCGGGACUGCCUGGUCCUGGAGAGCUUCAAGAUCAUGGACUACAGCCUGCUGCUGGGUGUGCACAACAUCGACCAGCAUGAGCGCGAGCGGCAGGCCGAGGGGGCCCAGAGCAGCUCGGACGAGAAGCGGCCCGUGGGCCAGAAGGCGCUCUACUCGACAGCCAUGGAGUCCAUCCAGGGCGGGGCCGCACGCGGGGAGGCCAUCGAGUCAGAUGACACGAUGGGUGGGAUCCCCGCUGUGAACGGCCGAGGGGAGCGACUCCUGCUGCACAUCGGCAUCAUAGACAUCCUGCAGUCAUACAGGUUCAUCAAGAAGCUUGAACACACCUGGAAGGCUCUCGUCCACGAUGGGGACACGGUCUCUGUCCACCGCCCCAGCUUCUAUGCAGAGCGCUUUUUCAAGUUCAUGAGCAACACGGUCUUUCGGAAGAACUCUUCCCUGAAGUCGUCGCCAUCCAAGAAGGGGCGCAGUGCCCUGCUGGCCGUCAAGCCCCUGGGGCCUACGGCCGCCUUCUCAGCCAGCCAGAUCCCCAGCGAGCGGGAGGAUGCACAGUAUGAUCUACGGGGUGCCCGCAGCUACCCCACGCUGGAGGACGAAGGCCGGCCCGACCUCCUGCCCUGCACGCCUCCUUCUUUUGAGGAAGCCACCACAGCCUCCAUCGCCACAACCCUGUCGUCCACCUCCCUGUCCAUCCCUGAGCGGUCCCCCUCGGAGACAUCAGAGCAACCGCGGUACAGGGAGCUGACAGGGGGCACUGAGGCUCAGCUCCCCAUUGCCUCCAGGCCCCAGGAGGAGCUGCAUGUGGAAGAGGACCUGCAGCAGAUCACGGUGCAGGUGGAGCCUGCAUGUAGCGUGGAGAUUGUGGUCCCCAAGGAGGAGGAGGAUGUGGGGGUGGAGGCUUCCUCGGCCGGUGCCUCUGCUGCUGUGGAAGCAGAAACUGCCAGCCAGGCCUCGGAGCCUGCCAGCCAGGCCUCGGAUGAGGAGGACGCGCCUGCCACUGACAUCUACUUUCCCACCGCCGACAGGAGCUGGGUGUACUCCCCGCUCCACUAUAGCGCGCAGGCCCACCCCGCCUCCGACGGCGAGAGCGACACAUAACUUCUAUGCAGUCCCGACCCAGAGCCCAGCGCCCGGCUUCCUGGGGGCGCUACCCGCUCUGCUGAGGCCCAGAGCUCGGCGAGAUGCCCGCCUCGCUGCCCUGCCGGACCUCGCUCGCCCACCCCGGGCCCAGCCUCGUCCUUGUCCUCCCCCUCACCGGACGCCGACGGCUGAGCCCCUCCCCACCCUGACAGCUCCAGGCCACCCAGGGCCCCCGGCGCCCCUUUGACUACCUGUACCUGUGAGACUGUGACCUGCCUGAGCGUCAGAUCAUGUAUUUAUUUUGGGUCUUUAGUCUUUGCACAGAGACGGAAGCACGUGUGUGCUUUUUCAGGAAAAAGACAAAAAAAAAAAAAAAAAAAA